AAAUGUGUUAGAAUAUUCGUUCCUAAGCUACAUGUAGGCUAUGUCCUAACUUUUGUCAACAAAAAUCGAGUAGUUUGUCUUUCAGCCUUGCCUCUACACAUACAAAAACAGUUCAAACAUUGCGAAAGUAGUAUUUCGAACUGUGCAUACGAUGUGUGAAUUGUCUGAAGGAGAGAAGAUGAGUCAAGAUGGAGUACGGGACAACGGUCGUUGAAGGCGGUCGACUGACACGGCGAGUUGUUGUGACUGGUUCGUUAGACUACUUCAAUCGUACCGAAGAAGACAGAGAAAUGUCAAGAGAAAAGAAGAAGGGCGCGCUACGCGAAGCAGUAACCAGCUUCGCAGAUUCUACCACGGCCCACGGCCUGCCUCUCAUUAUCAACGGUACCUACACGGUGGGCCGGAUUGCCUGGUCUGUCAUAUGGCUGAUUGCUUUCGGCCUCGCUGUGUUACAGUCCACCCAGCUUUUGAUAGAGUACUUUCAAGUCAGGCCCUUGACGACAAGUAUCGAGCUGGUCACCAAGACCAACUUGGACUUCCCUGCCGUGACUGUGUGUAAUAUGAACCGCAUGCGGCGCUCGGAACUGGUUGGCACGCGCUUCGAGGGACUGAUCGCCAUCGAUGGGGGAGUCCAGGGGGGAGAUUACGACUACUCAUGGUUCUUUGACUGGUCCUCGCUGCAAUGGUUUGAUGAGUGGCAAUCCAGCAGCUCCGCUGAUGUUACGCCUGGAUCUAUUGGUGACAGCAUCGAUGGUUUAGGUGGGGGAGGAUCGGCAUCGAUACCGGGUGACGAAGGCGACAGCACUGGUGACAGUGGAACCUCAAGUCAAGCAGGUGCAACCGUGGCUGGUGGAAAUAAUGAAACCAAUGGUGGUACUACCGGAGAGUCGAGUAUCAUUGAUACUGAGGGCAGCCUCCCGAGCGGGAGCUCUACAGCACCCACCGAUGAUGCCAGGGAAGCUUCUUCCACAGCUUUACCCAACCAUCUUAGCACUCAGGCUGUCACCCCAACAGAAAUGUUUCCAGUAACACCAGUUGACUCUACCGAUUCUGGUAGCUCUCAACGGGUAACUGAUUCUACGAUGAGCGAAACUGAGGCAUCGGGGCCAGCCAGUAACACUGAUGGGGCGUCUGAUUCGCUGAACCCCGGAGACAGUCCAAGCUCCUCGCUCGGUUCCACUCGCAGGAAGCGGUCAACCAGCUCACACCAGCCGCGACAGCGUCGCUCGCUGUCCUCCUCCUCCAGCUCCAGUGACAACUUCUGGUGGGACAGCUACGAUUUCGAGUAUGAAGACUACUACGACUGGGGAGGGGUGAACGAUGAGAACGACUGGAGGGGAUUCUACGCCAAGUCCACGGCGGAUGACUUCAGUGACCUGGUGGACGUGGCGAAUCCCACACGCGAGGAAUUGGAGAAUCUGGGACACCAGGCCCAGGAUUUCAUUCUGCAGUGCACGUUCGACAAAAGGAACUGCAGUUACAGGGAUUUCCGUGUGUUUCAAAACAAAGAUUAUGGGAAUUGUUUCACCUUCAACCACGGCAGGGGAAAUAAAACGAUGCACACGACCAGCAAAUCGGGAGCAAAAUACGGCUUGCAUCUGACGUUGUUCAUCGAGCAGCCCGAGUACGUGGGUAUCUUCUCCCCGGAGUCCGGUGUACGGCUGACGGUCCACGGGCAGCGCACCAUGCCUCUACCCGAGGACAACGGCAUCACGAUCGCUGCUGGCCUGGCGACGUCUAUCGGGAUUAGGCAGGACUUCAUCAGCCGGAGUCCCUAUCCGUUCGGCAACUGCACCGAGGGUCUCGGGCAGGGAAUCAAUGUGACGGCUGGUGACUACGACUACUCGCUGAGUGCCUGCACCAAGUAUUGCCUGCAGAGGGAGAUGUUGAAUCGCUGUGGCUGCGUCACAGACAUCCUUAUAGACAACGCUCCCAAAUGCAGCUACCUGAAUACAACACAACAAACAUGCAGACGAGCCAUAGAAGCCUUAUUCGAGGAUGACUUACUGCAGUGCAACUGUUUUACGGCAUGCAGAGAAACAACCUUCAAACUUGGCGUGUCGUCGUCCCGUUGGCCCUCAGAGCGAUAUGAGGAGCAUUUGUAUUCUCGCAUCUCAGCUACGAACGAGAAGGCUGCAAGACUGAUGCAAAGUGUUGAGCAGACAAGGAAAAAUCUUGUCCGCCUUAGGGUUUAUUUCGAAGAGCUGAACUACCAGUCAAUCACACAGUCACCAAAGUACACGGUGGAGGCGCUCCUGGGAAGUCUCGGCGGUCUGUUUGGUCUCUACAUCGGCUUCUCUGUCAUCACUAUCUCCGAGGUGGUCCUCUUCCUCCUGAAACUGAUCAAGAUACUCUUCUUUUGGGGUCAGACAUGCAACGGAAAUGAAGUCAAGCCCGUCGUCCACUAAAUAUUCAACAAUAAGACGGAAGAAUAAUUUUUCCGUCAAUGUUGGUUCGUGAAAUGAAUUGAAACCAUUUUUUCCAUAUAUGCCUUCCUCUGAAACAGGAAAAUAACGCACCUUUUCCCGUGCACUAAUUUCCUAACAUCGGAGGACACUUAUUGCGAUGCAUGCAUUUAAUCUCGAUGUUUUUUGUGUGUUAAAUUGCAGCUUUGGUUCAUUGCAGCAGUUGUGCAAUGAUUUGCUCAUGCAUUGAUCACGUCCACCCACUAAAUUAAACGCUUAUAGAAAACCAAAUUAAGAAUCGAUGUUAAGAAAAUCCGAUCUUUUAAUUUGAGAUGUGAAAAAAAAUUCAAUUUUUGAUUUCUAAUUAUAAGAUCAAUUUGUGAUUAGUUUGCAUAUUGGAAGUUAUUCAGUCUUUGUACACAACAGAUCGGAUACAGCUAUUACACACGACUUUUUGUUUUGGUAGUUUUAGCUAUACUGUUAUUUGUAAGGCCGGUUCCACGUCGGGCGGAUCCAGCUUUGACUCAAGGAGGGGGAUAGCUUGGGGUGGGUGGGGUUAAACCACCAACCCCUCCCGUAAAUCCGCCACUUGGUUCUUCAAGAAUAUUGUCAAGGAUGAAGGUUAUUCCAUGUAUACAAGUAUCCAUGACGUGCAUGGAUGUGCACGUAUUCAGGCAAUGUAUUUGCACCUAUUCCCGUGGUAAUUAUUAUAUGUGAAGGUUUAUUACGUCCAUUAUUUAUAUAAUUAAACUAAUGGGUUUAGCACUGAAGGUCAGGGUAGGCCUACAUAAGAGCAAUUCAGUUACUACGAUGUAAAGCUAUCUACUAAUGAAGGGACUUUAAAAACUGCAAACUCCUUCAGUAUUUAAAGGGACACUCUUCGACUUCGUACAGUUGAAAUUGGUCCUAAAAUCAUGUUGCUCGUCAAACAAAUAUAGGUAGUCCUAGAGGCCUAUACAGAAUAAAACGAUCAACACGUC